AAGGCAACUUCUGCGCAGCGUGCGCGUCAAGGUCCCGUCAAAGCAGCCGCCAAUAUUCGCAGCAUCACAGUCAUGGACUACCAACCAGAUGUUUGUAAGGACUACAAAAAGACUGGCUUCUGUGGAUUUGGCGAUACCUGCAAGUUUCUGCAUGAUCGAGGUGAUUACAAGCAAGGCUGGCAACUUGAUCGAGAUUGGGAAAAGGCUGCAAAGGCGACACCAACCCCAGCAGCUGACGCAUCCAAAGUGGAGGAACUGCCUUUUGCUUGCAUCUUGUGCAAGAAGGAGUACAAGACCCCAAUCGUCACGCGUUGCGGACACUUCUUUUGUGAGGCUUGCGCAUUGACACGGUACAAGAAGGAUCCAAGUUGUGGACUGUGCGGACAAAGCACUGGUGGGAUUUUCAAUGGAGCCAAACGCUUACUCGAA